AUGCAGAACCCUGGGCAUGUGCACAGGUUCUGCAAAAGCCAGUCCGUAGAGAUCAAAAACAAUUUCGAUGAGAACAUGAUUCUGAAUCUCUCCGACAUUCUUCACGAGAUUCUUAUCUACCUACCAGCGGAAGAGAUUGGCAAGGUUAUGAGCACAUGUCGAAUGAUCUAUGCGAUCAGCAAUUCAGAACACCUUUGGAGGAGAUUGGCGUUUCGGGAUUUCCCACCUCAUCUUUCUGUGUGGGACAUGAGCAACCAAGACUCCACAUUGGAAUGGAAAUCUUUGUACAAGAAGGCUCACACUGACUACAUAAACCUUCGGGGAAUUUAUGCAAUUGGCGGCUGUUGCAAACGUUUGCAAGCACUUUGCACUGUCUACAGAUUCGAGGUCGAUCAGAGAAUCUGGAGAGAGGUUCCUGAACUUCAGCAUCCUCGUUUUUUCGCGGUUGCCGCAGAGCUGCAAUCCAAGUUGUACAUUAUGGGUGGUAUGCAGGGGGCUUUUGAACGGCUAAGAUCGUCUCAUUGUGCUGCUGUCCUGCACUCGAAAAUUUACGCUAUUGGCGGUGACAACUUGCGAGGCGCUCUAUCCAGUGUUGAACGCCUGAAUACUGAACAAGGAAAAUGGGAGCGUGUUGCUGACCUUGCUGGUGGCCUGGACAACAACAAGAAUGUCUUGGACUCCGUAGAACGUUACGAUGAAUCCAUUGACAAGUGGACCGUAGUGACGUUCAUGCCAUCGCCAAGAGUGUGCAUGCAAUUGGUUUCUGUUUCUGGGAGAUUAUACUUUGCUGGUGGAUUUGAUGAAAUGUUGCAACGAACAGGGGCAGUAGAAAGCUAUAAUCCGUCAUCAGGGUCUUGGAAGAACAUGGCUAGUCUCAAUCGAGAUCGUGGUAGCUUUGCUCUGGUAGCUUUGGGUGGAGUCCUGCAUGUAAUUGGGAGCAAGCCGGAUCAAUCAGGUUCAAAAUGCUCCAUGGAAAGGUACAACUAUGAGUUGGAUCGUUGGGAUGAUAUCGCGAGGCAGUCGAUUGAGGGUGGAGGCGCUGAGGGAAAGUGGAUCCCUGGAAGCGACUAUUUUCAUUCGUGCAGAGCAUUUCAUUCGUUCAUGUUGUAACAUCUUGUGAGAUUCCUAUUGUUUUUUCAUUCAUUUCCUGUGAAUAGAACUGUGCAAAACC